AUGGAUUCAAUCAAAGAACAAGUAGAGCAGCUUGCCCGAGCCGCAGAUGAGGCCGGUCGCGAGAGGUUAUCAAUUGCUCUUCGAGAUUUGUCCUACAGCCUCGAAGCUCCGAAAAAUACCAUAACACGGAUCAUUUCCUAUCCUCUCCGCACUUCAGCAGUUCGCACUGGUAUCGAUCUUGGAAUUUUCACCCGACUAGCUGCCAGCGAGGGGCCGCUCGAAGUUGGAGACCUGACCAAAGAUGGUGCAGAUUCUCAAUUAGUCGGUCGCUAUCUACGAUAUUUCGCGUCUUUUGGCAUGGUAUCCGAGACAGCGAAGAACAUCUUCGCUGCCAACAACGUUACCAAAGUCCUCGCUGAUCCAGGCAAGGAAGCAUGUGUGAUUCAUUACUUUGACACCGUCGCGCCGGCCUUUCAGUCAGCGCCUGCCUUUCUCCGCGAAACCGCAUUCCAGAAUCCCGCGAACGCCGCCAAGAGUCCGUUCCAACUCGCCUACAAGACACCGUUGACUGCGUUCCAGUACUUCCCGUCGCUGCCCGCCGCGUCUCUAGCGGCGUUCGCGAGGUACCAGGCUUUGCGGAGUAUUGAUAUGAGCACGUGGCUUUCGGUGUAUCCGUUCCUCGAGGAAGUCGGCGAGGCAGGCAAGGAAGAGGUGGUGUUUGUGGAUGUGGGAGGGGGAAUCGGCCAUCAGUGCGCGGCGUUGAGAGAAAAGUAUCCGCAGUUGAGGGGGCGGGUGCAGGUGCAGGAUCUGGAGCACUUCAUAGCGCAGAAAGUCAAGCACGAGGGAGUGGAGGGCAGGGCGCAUAAUAUAUUCGAAGAACAGCCCAUCCAAGGUCAGUAUUUGUCAAAAUCUCAACAUACUUGGACGACUUUAUCGAUUGCCCUCUCUCUGAUGAGUAGUCUAUCAUAUUUAGGAGCAAGAUUCUACUACCUACGUGCCGUCCUGCACGACUUCCCGGACAUCGCUUGCCAGAGCAUCUUGUCUCGCUUGAAAGAUGUGAUGGGCCAUCAUUCACGGAUCCUCAUCGACGAGAUGGUGUUGCCGAAUUGGAGAGUUGACUGGGCGGCCACGCACACGGAUCUCACAAUGAUGGCUUGUUUCGCCGCGAAAGAACGGACGCAGGAGCAGUGGGAAAGCCUGCUGAGUACCACCGGGCUUAAGAUUGAAGCGCAACGAAAUUAUACGGGUGGUUGGGGCGGGUAUGAGGCUAUUAUCACAGUAGCAAAGGAAGGGUAUGCUAGGGUAUAG